UAGAAGAGGCGACCACUCGCCAAAUCAUCGAGUGGGGAAAAAAAAGUGGAAGCGUGUGGAAAGCGGGUUAGAGGGUUAGGGCUCGAAAGGAGAGGAGGGGGGGAAAAACAAUAACAACAGGCGAGGGAUUAGGCAUCGACCGAGCAAUCAGGAAGUCCAUUUAGGACAAAGCAGAGUCCAAAAUGCUCCCAGACUUCAGUCGGCAUCGUUAGAGCCGAGCCGCUGGAAUGAAUAAAAAACCACACAAAGAAGGAAGGAGCUAAUUCGGGUGAAAUAUGAAAGACGUCACCCGGACGACCGCUGCCACUGCUUGCUGUGAUUUUUCACUGCCGAUGAGUAAGAGGAGGUAAGCUGGUCAUGGUAGUGCCUGGGGCAUGGAAAUGGAAACGGAGAGAGCCGUCGCUGGAUAUGAGGAGCAUGCGUCAGCAUUAAGGAAGGGUGAACAAGAGUCAGAGAGAGAGAGAGAGAGAGAGGCAGGCAGUGACAGCAGAGAUGAGCACAACUGAGCACAAGAGAGAGAUUGAGGUUAGAAGCUGAUGUGAGGAUACAAGCGGAGCCUGUUAGACUUUUCACCUUCUGUGCCACACCUUGGCUUCAUCCUCCUAACACUCCCACCUCUUGACUGCAGCAACUCCAAGGACCCAGGCUGGAAUUUCAUUGUCUGAGGGACAAUAAUCCUUGCUGAAUGACUUCUGAAUGAUCAUUUUCACACCCCAGAAGCUUCUUAAUGCUGCUGACAUAUGAAAAGGACAGACCGUUCAAGAGGAUUGCAUUCUGUAUAUCUUCUCAAAAGCGGAGCUACUCCUGCCUGCACGAACUGAAUUGAGUUAUUCAUUCUGUAUUAAGAAGUAUUGUUUGCAGAUUAUCAGCACAAUUACACUUCUGAAAACUGUUUCCAUGAGGAUCAGCAGCUUUGUUUUCAGAGACUAGUCAGUUCCUGUCACAAAGGUGUGAAAAUGAAGAACUCAUUGUCCAGCCAUUUUAAACGAAUGCUGACUCAACCUAAACGAUGAAGACAAUGAAGGUGGUAUUACUGGAUGCAGGAGUGACAGCAGAGUUAGCAGAGUAAUAAGACGUAUUGUGCCAGGCGUUGCGGAAUAAUGCAACGCCGCUCCGUGAACGACGCCCAGAAUAUCGCACUUGUCUUCCUGCAUGGAUGUCGACGCGAGCUGACUGACCGACUGAGUGUGUGGGUUGCUCACUGGGCUGGAGCAGCAGCUAUUUGAGGACACGUAGCACCCGAACAGGUACCGGCUGGGUCUCAGAACUCCACCAUGGGGGAGACGGCAGAAUACCAGAGACUGCAGGAGACAACAGAGUCGGAUUACCAAAGGCUGCCUAGCGAUGAUGAAGAGAAACUGGGCAGCAGCAUGCAAUGUGAGGAAGGGACGGAAUGGUUGCUGGAACUGCUGAUGGAAGUGCAGCUGCAGCAGUACUUCUUACGGAUCCGAGAUGACCUUAACGUCACACGGCUGUCGCACUUUGACUACGUAAAGAAUGAAGACCUGGAGAAAAUCGGCAUGGGUCGACCCGGGCAGAGAAGGCUGUGGGAGGCCGUGAAAAGGAGGAAAGCCAUGUGCAAGCGCAAGUCCUGGAUGAGCAAGGUUUUUAGUGGUAAACGUCCAGAUGGAGGAGACAUACCCCAGCAGGGUCAACCGGCUUCCUCGUUUCGUAAGCUGUCUCCCACACCACCUCUGGGCGUCGGGGAGGGAGUCCUAGCCACGCAGCCCAGUGGUGGCACUCUCCUCGACGGGCAGCAGCAGGGUCUGACCUGCCUCAUCCCAGAGAAGGACUUGACGCUGUUUGAGAAGCUGGGCGACGGCUCAUUUGGCGUCGUGAAGAGGGGAGAGUGGUUGACACCUGCGGGGAAGGUGCUGAACGUGGCUGUGAAGUGUCUGAAGACAGAUGUGCUCAGUCAGCCCGACGCUCUGGAGGAUUUCAUCUGUGAGGUCAACGUCAUGCACUCGCUGGACCAUCAAAACCUGAUCCGCCUCUACGGUGUGGUGCUCACACACCCAAUGAAGAUGGUGACUGAACUGGCACCUCUCGGUUCUCUGCUGGAGCGUUUGCGCUGCGUUCGUCCUCAAGGCCCAGUGUUGAUCCACACUCUGUGUCAGUAUGCUGUGCAGGUGGCUUGUGGCAUGGCUUAUCUGGAGCAGAGGAGGUUCAUCCACAGGGACCUGGCAGCGAGGAACAUCCUGCUGGCCUCGGCUCACAGAGUGAAGAUUGGUGACUUUGGCCUGAUGAGGGCGCUGCCUAACAACCACGAGCACUAUGUCAUGCAGGAGCAUCGCAAGGUCCCCUUUGCGUGGUGUGCUCCAGAGAGUUUAAAGACCAGAACCUUCUCCCAUGCAACAGACACUUGGAUGUUUGGAGUCACCCUCUGGGAGAUGUUCACACACGGUCAGGAGCCUUGGCUGGGUCUUAAUGGUAGUCAGAUUCUCCAUAAAAUUGAUAAAGAGGGUGAGCGCCUCCCUAAGCCAGAGGAUUGUCCACAGGAUAUCUAUAACGUCAUGCUGCAGUGCUGGGCUCAGAAACCUGAUGACAGACCAACUUUUGUUGCUCUACGCGAGUUCCUGCUCGAGUCUAUGCCUACAGACAUGUGUGCUCUCCAGGACUUUGAUGAGCCUGACAAACUCCAGAUCCAGGUCGAUGACAUUAUCACCAUCAUAGAGGGGAGGGCAGAGAAUUAUUGGUGGCGAGGUCAAAAUAAACGCACCCUUAAGGUCAGGCAGUUCCCCAGGAAUGUGGUGACUUCUGUAGCAGGGUUGUCUGCACACGACAUCAGUCGUCCACUCAAGAACAGCUUCAUCCACACAGGACAUGGAGACACCAAUCCCCAUCGCUGCUGGGGCUUCCCUGAUAGGAUCGAUGAUUUGUACCUCGGGAAUCCCAUGGAUCCUCCUGACGUUCUGGGCUUGGACCUCAGUGCUGCACAGCCCACACAGCUAGCAGGACGAGCUAAAAAGGAGCCUCCUCCCCGCCCUCCUCAACCAGCAGUGUUAAUCAAGAGUAAGUCUGGUUUCUCUCAGCAGCUCUUCACCCAUUGCUCCUGCCCCCUCUGUUCCCUCCUAGUUCCACUCCUCAAAGAACCUUCCUAUGACCCAGUAAAUGAGGAGGAGGAUCUGACCUCUGCGGGACUAAAGAGAUUAUCACUUCGCAAAACGGGUUCUGUGAAAGGCCUCAAACUUAAACCGGCCGUGUGGGUCUCUGCUUCCAAACAGGGAGGUUGCAGGACUUUAGGCUCAGGCCAGAACACUAACAGUGAAGUGUCCCUCAUUGACUUUGGGGAAGAGUACCCAAUAUCCACACCGUCCCCCUCUCCCGUGGUUGAAAUUCCGAUUCCUCUAUUGGCCAAGUUGGCUUUGGAAGCAGAAAAUCUCCUGGACAGGACUCCACCUCAAAGCCCAUCCAAAUCAUUGCCCCGCCCCCUUCACCCUACGCCAGUAGUGGACUGGGAUGCACGGCCAUUACCCCCACCCCCAGCUUAUGACGAUGUAGCACAAGAUGAGGAUGAUAUGGAGGUGAGCUCCAUCAACAGCUCGGAGCAGCAGAAUGAGGCAGAGCAUAGUGAUGGCCGCAAUCCAGAAGAAACUCUGUCCUCUGGGCAGAAGGUCAAUGAUGAGGCUCUAGUCUCCAGAGGUUCAGACAGACAAGGUCUGGAAGACAACCUGUUUCUCCCCAGCAAGCACAGCCAGAGCCUGUCCACCUCUUUUUCACAGUCUGCAGAGAUCUUUCAAGAACUUCAACAAGAGUGCAUGAGGAGGCUCAAUGUACCGGCAGCAAGUGCUCCUCGUUCGUGCUCGCCAUUGCAGAGCUCAGUCUCGUGUCCCCAGACUCCUCAAAGUCUCCAAACCCAUGAGGGACAACAGCAGAGUGUCCUUUCCUGUAACGAGGACCGACCCCAGAUCCCCCCACGAGUUCCCAUCCCCCCUCGCCCCAUAAAGAAGGGUGACUACACCUCUGGCCGCUGGUCAAGGGACCUCUCCCUUUCUCCAGUGCCGACUGAAACCACGGAAAACGUUUCAGGUGCAGGACAGGAACGACCACCUCAAAUCCCUCCCAGAGACCCUUUGUCUCAGCCUGGAUCAAGAACUCCAAGCCCAAUGGGUCUGGUAGUGGGUUCCCCCCAGCAGAGGCUUUACUCUGUCAGCCCCAACACAAUGCAGGCUGCCAUUACAACCUGCCCACCCACACACACCUACAGCUCCUACCUCUCUACCUCUCCGGGUAAACUCAUGCCUACUACACACAGCUUUGCUUCGGACCCCAAAUAUGCUGCACCCAAAGUGAUCCAGGCCCAGGUGCAGGGGAAGGACGCUGCUAGCAAGGGCCCCUGUAUCCUGCCUAUUGUCCGUGACGGGCGUAAAGUCAGUAACACCCACUAUUACCUUCUGCCAGAGAGGCCACCGUAUCUCGAUCGAUUCGAUCGCUUCUUCAGGGAGGCUGAAAGCCUUCCUGCCAACGAUGUGGAAGAAAAGCAUGUACGGCAAGCCAACACAGCCACGGUCAGACCAAUGGUGGUCAGCAGUCACACACUGCAGGGGCACACCCAGGUGCAGGGGCUGGUCCAGCCGGGUGGGGACCUGAAAGCCAAUUUCUCCUCCAAUAAUAACAGCAAUCUGGGUUGGCCACGGUCAGGGAUGAAGAGUUCAGUUAGUCUUCCUCGCGUCUCUUCAGACGGGCUGACAGCACCAGCAGUCACUGCUUUCUGUACCAGGACAGACGGAGGAGGGAACUCAGCUGAUAGGGUCAAGAUGGUGCAGGAGGCGGUUCACGGUGUGACGAUGGAGGAGUGCCAGGCCGCCCUCCAGAACCACAACUGGAAUGUCCAGCAAGCUGUGCAUUAUCUAAAGGUAGAACAGUUGUUCUGUUUGGGCCUGAGGAGCAGAUCAGAGUGUCUAAAGCUGCUGGAGAUGUGUGACUGGAACCUGGAGGUGGCCAGCACUCACAUGCUGGAUAACUAUGGAUCUACAACAAGGCAAAGACGGUGACAGAAAUCUCAAGCUGCUGAGCUCUGAUUGGAACUUCAUCCGCAGUAAAACAUCAUCAGAGAUGAAUCAUCUCCUGACCUUUUUUGUCUGUUGGUUCAGUCACACUUCCAAUCAAGACUGUAUUAGAGACUCAGAAAUUAAGCACAAAAUACCAAACUUCAUUAUGGCUGUGUUUGUACUUAACAUGGAUGUGUAGGGUCAUACUUUUACUUUGGUGUGCCCACCCAAGGGCAAGAAAUGACUGUACUUGUAUUUUCAGGACCAGCGGGUUAGCCUGAAACGUCUCACAGAUUCUGGGUGCUGCCACACUCAGACAUCGUCUUGUGAGCUACUUGCAUAGAAUAAGAAAUGGUUUGAAAGGAAAUGUAAAGAGGCCAAAAUGAGAUGGCUAGCGCAAUAUACAUAGGAGCACUUUCAAAAACAAAAAAAGUCUUUGUGUUGUCUCAAAGCAAUGCACAGUUUACUGGAGAGCUCACACGAUGUACAAUAUCAGCACUGAACCUAAGAACUGUACCGUGUGCGUACAGUUCUUUAAAGCUAAACCUCCUGUAUUAGCAGCUAUUGCAUCACUUGGAAAAUAAUUUGUGAAAGCUCGCACAGUACCUCUGAAACAUCCAAGCACAAUAAAAUAAGCCACUUAAUUGGCUGACAACUCUGUAUUGUACAGGAGAUUAUUCUGCCAUAAAAGGAAGGUGAAAAUAUGGAGAUAAGCAUCGAAUCAAGACAAUUCAUGGACGGCAGAAGAAGUUUGUACACUUGUACACCUACAUUCGAGGGUAUAUACAAUAUGCUCUUUAUGAGGAGGCAUGCAUGUGUGUAUGAUAUUGUUCAAUAUAUCUUGAACAUAGUCCUCAGAGAUGAGAGAAGACUGUUAUUUCUAUUACUUGUGACACCAUCUUUUUAAAAAUAUUUCAUUCUCUUCUGUCUCUAUUGCCACAUGUGGCUAAAAAAAACAAACCCAUCCAGUGGAAACUUUCUUCACUGCAGGUUUAGUCUUUCCUCAUUUCUUCCCUCUAAGCACUUUUCGGUUGAUGCGCAGGAUUCUGUGUAGGCAAAGUCCUGCCAGCGUGCGGUUUUCUCCGUGCACCCAGAAUACACCGGCAGCUAAUAUCAGCGGUGUAGUGAAAUUUACCCCAAGGCACAGAUCCCAUCCCAUAAUCAUCACUUAAGACCACAACUGUGAUAUUUUGGUCAGCAGCUUUAGGGGUAAUAAUUUAAUACUGAGAGGACGCGUCUGCUCUGGGUGAACUGACUGCUCGAUGACAUGGUACUCUCUUUUUUUUUUUUUUUUUUUUUUUGUGGACUGUAUUGUCACUGCAGCAGAGCCAGUUAACAGGGAACAGUUGGGCUCCUCCUGAUAUUUAUUCUUAGUAUGUGGGGAUGACACCAGUGAAAGGAAGGAAAAUCUACAGUAAGGUGGACUGAAUACUUUUGUGUGGUUGGCCACAUAAAAGUAUUGGUUACAAAAGUAACCAAUGCUGGAAAGCAGUGCUUUACAUAGUUUUUAGUUAACUCCCGUGAUCUCUGUGGUGCUCCUCUUUAAACUGUCUUUGCCAAAAUAUCUAUUUUUCUUUCUGAAUUACAUUAUAUUACAUAUAAAACACAUAAUAUGUGUGUUCAUGUGUGAGACUGCACAUAUGCUCUGGCUUUGGUCCAAACCAGAGCUCAAUAUGUCUACAAAUCUCCAAGGAUGCGACUGAAAGAAAAAAAAAAAGAAUAAAAAAGCUAACAUAGAGUCAUAACAACCUGAAAAAUUAAGAGGCUUUGAAAUAAGUUUUGAAAUAUAUUUUUUAAAGGAUGUACAGGACUGAUUGUAGAAACUUCCAGUAAAAGCUUUCUCCCAUGUGCAAUAGGGCUGCUGUCAAUCCUCUAACCUCCCAGCCUGUCCAUCAGUACCAUCCAGUAGCAAAAGCAGAGAUUUUAUCUGUUAUAAUCUAUCCUGCUAAUUGAAUAAGAAAAAUCAAAAGAAAAGCUGUUUUUUUCAGUGUAAAAUGUUUGUUGACUGUUUUUCUGACCCAAAGUGAGAUAAAGUUGUCCUUAAGCACUGAUUCGGGGCCAGUUUUGCCAUUUUCCCUUUAAAGUCACGCGGUGAAGCUGACUGUGAAAGCAGUGCAUAAGGACAGCUGCAUGCGAGUGCUGCCUCCUUAGUCUGUUCACGUGUUGUUCGUCUUCAUACCGAGCUGCUGUAGUUGUAUUAGAAGGACUGAAGUUAACCUUGUGGUGUUUUGGUGAACCCUGUUGGGGUGUUGAAACUCUGAUGUUCUGUUUCUGUUAAACAGUCAGAUCUGUUUUGGUUUUUUUUCCUGAAUCUGUGUUCAUUUAAAAAUCUUUAUUUUUUAUUGGUUUUGCUGUUUCUGCUUCAAAUUGCCAUAUUUUUUUCCUCAUUUUGAUGUAUUUGCCUUCCCAGAAUGUGUUUCAUUGUAAAUGCCUACUGUACAGUUGGUUGUUGUUGUCAUGGAUGGAAAUGAAGAUCAUGCUGCGGAAUUUAUAAAUGUAUUUUUUACUAAAGAAUUAACUAUUUUUUAA